CCGUGUUUACCCGCGGUGCAUGGUGGGGCGGUCGCCUUGGACAACUCGGUCCCGCUGAAGUCCGGAGGUAGAGCGUAGCCAGCCGGGCGGCGGCAUGCACCCAGCCGCCGCAACGUCCGUGCCCCAGACGAGUCCCGACUACUACGAGAGGCUGGGCCACCUCCAGCAAGGGCUGAGGGACAGUGAAAAGAAGAGAUUGGACCUGGAAAAGAAACUUUAUGAAUAUAAGCAGUCUGAUGUAUGUAGAAUUAAACUGAAGUAUGUGAAACUAAAGAAAUACCUGAAGGAAAUAAGUGAUUCAGAAAAGAAGGCACGUAUUCGAAAUCAGGAAUAUUUGAAGCGGUUUGAGCGUUUCCAAGCUCAUGUUGGACACUUUACCACAAAUACAGAGAAGCUUCAAAAACUGAAGAGUGAAUAUGAGACUCAAAUUAAGAAGAUGCAGCUACUCUCAAAAGACAGCCUGGGAAUGAAAGAUGAACUGAAAGAUGAAGAUAGAGAAAAGGUUGCAAUGCAGGCAGAAAUUAACUCUGGGACAGCCAUGUCAAGAGGACUGUAUCAACCAGCCACAAUCUUUAUGGGCCGCCAAAUGUCAGCAGUCUCAAGCAUUGGAGAUUUCAGUACAGAGCGGAAAUCUCCCCAACCCACGAAGAACUUUUCAAUUCCUGACCCACAUUCACACCAACAGACAGCCCCGAGCAGUAAUGUGACAGACAGCUAUGUAGUACAAACUAAUAGUGACACACAGUUCUUAAAUAAGUCUGACAAAAUAGAUGGAAAGACAACUCUUCAGAUUGGUGAGAAAAUGCCAGUCACAGUCACUGUAUUGUCUGAGGAGGAACAAACUCACUGCUUGGAGAUAGGAAGUAGAACGCAUCAUGGCAGGAGUAAUUUAUCUGAAGUUAAAAAGUCUGCUGAACUCCAUUCCCCGUUACUGGAAAGAUUAAGUCCAGAGAACAGAACCACUGAUUUAAAGCAUGACAGUUCCAGCAGAUCAGAGGGAUCAGAGGGAGAAAUACUGACACAGGAACAUAUAGAAGUCAAGGAAGAAAGAGCCAGACCGCCAGUCUCUCCCAUAUCAGUCACAGACUACUGUACAUCUGAAAAGAAGUGUUCUCAAGAGAAGCAUUCUACUUGGGAAGGUUUCUCAGAUCAUGCUCUUCAAGGGGACCUAGAGUCACAGAAGCCCUUCAGAAAAAUGCAGGAAGAGCAGGAGGAGGAAAGUUUGUGCAGCAGUAGUGACCUCACAGUUUCUUUAAGUGAAGAUGAUCUGAUUUUCAAGAGUCCAGAACCACAGCCAAAUCCGGGUGACAAGAUGGAGGGAGAAGAUGGAAUGGAGGCCUUAAAAUUAAUCCACUCUGAGCAGGAAAAAGAUGCCUUAUCCACUGAAAAACAUAAUUGUAUUUUGCAAACUCUAAGCUCUCCUGAUUCAAAAAAGGAAUCCUCCACUAACUCACCAACAAGACAGUUCUAUAAUCACAGUGACAUUCUGAAAGAAGACCUUGAAGCCUGCAGAGCAGCUGUCCUUCACCAGCUUCCGAGACUCUUCCCUGGAGUUGGAAGCAGUGAAAAACAAAUCAGAUCUGAACAAGCUCCAUCCUCAGGCUUAUUGAGGGAAAAAUUGGGUCAGCAUGUUGCCACCUUAAAAGAACAUGAUAAUUAUAUCCAAGAAGAGGUAGCUAAGCUGUCUGAAGUUACUCCAGAAAACAAGGACCAGGGCACAAUGGCAACAGCUUUAUUGAAAAAAGCCCUUACAGAAGAGUGUGUGGAUAGGUCAGCUAUUCACAGUAAUGAAUCAUCUUGCAGCUUGCCAUCUAUUCUGAAUGACAAUAGUCGAAUAAAGGAAGCAGAACCCGCUCUGUGGCUCAACAGUGUUCUUACAAGGGAACAAGAAGUUUCAAGUAGCUGUGGAAAUGUGAGCAAGGAAGAAAGCCUGGCAGCAAAGAUUCCAAUCACAGAAACAAAAGCCUACCAGUUGCUGAAGCAGUCUACUCUUCAGGAUAAUACAAAUCCAGCUGAAGACAGAUUCCACAAGGGGGAUGCUUCUGCAUCACAACUGUCAGGUUUGAAUAUUGGCAGCGGUACAUCCAAGACAAAGACAACUAACAAAAUCACUUCGGAAACUAGUUUUUCAUCUAGUGAAGGAAGUCCUUUGUCAAGGCAUGAAAACAAAAAGAAACUGACUGCCAAUUUAAAGUCUAAAGCCUUCUGGGGUGAGUCUGAUGACAGUAACUCAGAAAUUGAAGCUGCUUUACGUCCUAGAAACCAUAACACAUCCACUGAUGAUUUUGAUGAUUUUUAUGACUAACAAGUUGUAAUGUCUGUUGGAAAUAAAAACUUUGAACAAAUUGAAAGCUGGUGUUCAUAUGUGAUGUCCAAAAUAAACAUAUCCUUUUAUGACUUCUGUUUAGUAGGAAAAUUUGAAACCACUU